AUAAUUGGUUGCAUACAUCAUCUCGACAAAAUGAACAUGUUCGUUAAUGAUCGUUGGAAGGUGAAAAUCCGAAAAUUAUUCAACGACAAUUGCCGAACAUGUUGAAUCAUUGUUCUAAAAGUCAACGUUAUUUAUUGACAUUUGUUAAGAAAAAAUUUUCAGAAAUGACAAGUUUGUUUCUGAGCUUAAUAAUUUAGUAUUCUAAUGUGAAGUAUUCUAACCCUAACCUCACAUUUAACCCAAACAAACACGAUGGAAAACGACUCUUUGAAGCAAGAAAAUGCCCCAGAAACCUCCUUCAAAAAACCAAUGUUGGUGGGAAAAAUCGGAAAAUUCCCAAAAAGGUUACAAAAUGUGGAAUCAGUUCCAAGUAAAGUGGAAGAAAAACAAUGCAUAAAUGAAAAAACAGAACCAGACUCAAACGUCCCCCCUGUGCAUCAACCAGUCGAGAAUAAGAAGCCCGAAGUUAAAUCAUUGCCCUAUGAAGAACCCAACUGCUCAUCUUUACCCGAAUCGGCCUCACAUGACUAUAUUUUGGAAGUAUUAAAAAACGGUUCCAUUAUUGAGACCGUAAAUGUGAUGAAAAAGCCGUUUUGGACGUUUGGGCGGCUAACAAGUUGUGAUAUUUGCAUGCAACAUCCCACCAUUUCUAGAUAUCAUGCUGUUUUACAAUACAGAAAGGACGAGAAAGACGCCACCAAUUCGGGUUUCUACAUUUACGAUUUAGAAAGCACACACGGCACUUUUUUGAACAAAAAUCGACUCAAACCAAGAAAUUACGUGCGGAUGCGUGUUGGCCACAUGUUAAAGCUGGGCUGCAGUACCCGCUCGUAUAUUUUAACCGGUCCCGAACACGACACCGAGGAUGAAUCGGCUUUAACCGUAACCGAAUUGAAGCACAAAAGAGAAGAACAAAUCCGUCAACGCGAAUUAGAAAAAUUAGAAGAAGAAGAAAGAGCAAGAAAACAGGAAGAAAAAGGCAUCGAUUGGGGAUUAGGCGAAGACGCAGAUGAAGAAACCGACUUAUCUGAAAAUCCCUUCGCGCAAACUAACAACGAAGAUUUGUAUCUUGAGAAUCCCAAAAAGGCAUUGCGUGGUUUCUUCGAAAGAGAAGGCUUAGAUCUUGAAUAUGAUUGCACGGAACAGGGAAUGGGACAGUUUCUUUGCAAAGUUGAGCUUCCAAUUGACGAUGAAAUGGGACGUCCCAUUUUCGCUGAAGUUUUUCACAAGGGCAAGAAGAAGGAAGCGGUGGUUCAGUGUGCUUUGGAAGCUUGUAGGAUACUAGAUCGACAUGGCUUGUUGCGACAAGCCACACAUGAGUCUCGGAAACGGAAACCGAAAAAUUGGGAAGAAAACGAUUACUACGACAGUGACGAUGAUACGUUUUUGGACCGAACUGGUGCCAUUGAAAAGAAGAGAGAAAUGAGGAUCAAGGCGAAAGUACCACAAAAAGCAGAAACUUACGAGAGUUUGAUGGAGAAAGAGAAAGAAAUCAGUGAUUGUAUCAGGAAACUGGAAUGUGAGCUUGAAGAGUGUCAAAAGUCCCUAGCUUCAGUUGGUACCUCAAGUACUGAAGCCGAUCCAUUGGACUCUUUUAUGAUGGAGUUGAAACAAUCAAAACCGAGCAAACAAAGUGUGAAUAAACUCAAAUCUGAGCUUAUUAAACUGAAACAAGAACACGGAAAUGUUAUAAAAUUGGUAAAUAUAGCAAAACCGGCUAGUUUACCACCUCUAGUACCUGAAUACGCCUCCAAUUCAAACAGUACUAAACUCGAGAAGAAGAGUUUACCUAUAUUUGGGAAGCGCAAGAAGGUUAAAGUGCAAGUGGUUAGUAAGAGUGAACCGAUGAUUGUUGAUGAUGGUGAUGAUGAAGAAGAAGAAGAGGAAGAACCAAAAAGAGAACAAGAAAAGGAAGACAGUGUUAUUGCAGAAAAGGAACAAAUAGCUGAUCAAAAAGAAGUAAAUGUGAACGAAAAGAAGAAAAGAAAAAACCAAAGACGCAUACAACAGAAACAAGAACGAGCAGAAAUUGAAAAGAAAAAGGGCUAUGAUGAAGAUGCCCACAAAGAGGAUUAUAAUAUGUGGGUGCCCCCGAGUGGGCAGUCUGGGGACGGGCGAACGUCGUUGAAUGACAAAUUGGGCUAUUGAUUUUAACAAUAAAUUUUUUGUUUGGU